AUGGCGAGGAAGCUUAGUGUGUUGGAAGUCACUCUGUUCAUCUACUUCCUAAUUGUAUUUGCUGCGGAUAUCUUAUUGGUGUACCUGCUGAUUAAGAAUUCUCCAGAUACUCCAUUUACUCCACAGUGCGAUGCAAUCCCUGAAUCACAAAGGAUAGACUGUACGCCUGGCAUCAGGGUGACAGAGGAAAUCUGCAGUUGGAAAUAUAAUUGCUGCUGGAACCCUGUGUCAGACAUCAGAGUCCCCACCUGCUUCUUUCCCAGGAACUGGGGCUAUGAAGUCAAAGAUGACCCUAAAAAUGAAAGCACAGGGUUUACUGCUACGUUGAAAAAGUUGAAAACCUCAGAUCGAUUUGAAAAUGAUGUCGAGGUGGCCUGCUUCACAGCUGAGUAUCAGACACCCAGGCGACUUCAUUUUAAGAUCACUGAUUCCUAUAACAAACGCUAUGAAGUCUCCCAUGAGCAUGUUCAGCUGUUUAAUAGGACUGCUGGUUCCACCAACCCGAGCUAUCACAUUGAGCUCAUAAAGAAACCCUUUGGCAUCAAAAUAAUGAGGAUGAGCAACAAAAAAGUCUUGUUGGACACGAGCAUCGGGCCCCUCGUGUUUGCGGAGCAGUACCUGCAGCUGUCCUUCCUGCUGCCCAGCGCCAAUGUGUAUGGGCUGGGAGAGCACGUGCACCAGCGGUACCGGCACGACAUGGGCUGGAAGACCUGGCCCAUCUUCACCCGGGAUGCUCCCCCCACCAACCAAAUGACUAACUUGUAUGGAGCUCACACGUUCUUCUUGUGCCUUGAAGACACCAGCGGCUCCUCCUUUGGGGUCUUUCUGCUGAACAGCAAUGCUAUGGAGGUCACCCUUCAGCCGGCUCCUGCAGUCACUUACCGCACCAUCGGGGGCAUUUUGGACUUUUAUGUGUUCCUGGGAGACACUCCAGAACAAGUGGUUCAGGAAUACCUGGAGCUCAUUGGACGGCCAUUCCUGCCUUCCUACUGGAAUCUUGGUUUCCACCUUAGUCGCAGGAAUUAUAAUAACAUCGAGGGAUUGAAAGAGGUUGUAAACCGAACUCGUAAAGCUAGGAUCCCAUAUGAUGUCCAGUACUCAGACAUAGACUACAUGGAUGGAAAAAAGGACUUCACUAUCGAUGAAAAGGCUUUCCCUGGUCUCUCAGAUUUUGCCAAGGACUUACACGAACAUGGACAGAAAUAUGUAAUUAUUAUGAAUCCUGGCAUCUUAAAUAAUUCUGACUACCAGCCCUACAAGAAUGGAAGAAAAAAGAGAGCGUGGAUCAUGGGGAAUAAAGGCUUUGUCAUUGGAGAGGGAUAUCCUGGAAAGAUAGUCUUUCCUGCUUAUGAUAAGCCAAGUUGUACUCAAUGGUGGACAGAAGAGCUUCAUGAAUUUCAUAAAACUUUGGAGUUUGAUGGCGUGUGGCUUGAAAUGGAGGAAGUAUCUAACUUUCUCUCAGAUUCUGAUGAUAAGUGUGAAAAGAACAUCUGGAACUAUCCUCCUUUCACUCCCCGAGUUCUGGGCGGCUCGCUUUUUGCAAGAACCCUCUGCAUGGAUGCUGAGGUUUACCAGGAGCUUCACUAUAAUGUCCACAGCUUGUAUGGCUACUCCAUGGCAAGAGCCACAGACUCGGCCUUGAAUACUGUCUUCCCCAAUAAGAGGAACUUCAUCUUAUCCCGUUCUACUUUUGCUGGGUCUGGCAAGUUUGCAGCUCAUUGGUUGGGGGACAAUGCGGCUACAUGGAAUGAUCUCCAAUGGUCCAUCCCUAGUAUCCUUGAGUUCAACCUAUUUGGCAUCCCCAUGGUCGGUGCCAAUAUCUGUGGUUAUACCAGUGAUACCACAGAGGAGCUCUGCAGAAGAUGGAUGCAGCUUGGAGCAUUUUAUCCACUAUCCAGGAAUCACAAUGGGCCUAAGUUCAGGGACCAGGACCCUGCUGCCUUUGGUGAAGACUCUCAGCUGUUGAGUUCCUCCAGGCAUUAUCUGAACAUCCGCUAUACCCUGUUGCCCUAUCUCUACACCCUCUUCUACCGAGCUCAUACCCUGGGAGAGACUGUAGCGAGGCCCCUGGUCCAUGAAUUCUACCAGGACAGUGCUACGUGGGAGGUGCACGAGCAGUUCUUAUGGGGACCUGGACUCCUCAUCACGCCUGUGUUACGUGAAAAUGCGGACCGAGUGAAAGCAUACAUACCAGAUGCCAUCUGGUACAACUAUGAAACAGGAAUAGCCAUCCAAUGGAGAAAACAAUUGGUGGAGAUGCUACUGCCCCCUGAUAAGAUAGGACUCCACCUUCGAGGAGGCUACAUAUUUCCCACCCAGCAGCCAAACACAACCACAGAGGCCAGUCGGAAGAACGCUCUGGGACUCAUUAUUGCCUUGGACUACAAGAGAGAAGCAAAGGGAGAGCUGUACUGGGAUGAUGGUGUAUCUGCAGAUGCUGUAACAAAAAAGAACUAUAUUUUGUAUGAGUUUUCUGUUACCUCGAACCAUCUACAAGCAAAGAUUACAAAUAAUAAUUAUACGGACCCUGACAACCUCAGGUUUACAGAUAUCACAAUCUUGGGAAUGGACAAAGAACCUACUAAUUUUGUCAUUAAUGAUACUGACACUUCUAACUUUAGCUACAAUGCAUCAACCAAGGUGGUGAAAAUCACUGAUCUCCAGGGACUGGUACUGGGACAAGAAUUCUCUAUUAGGUGGAAUUUUUCGGUCAAUGACACAGAAAAGUUCAACUGCUACCCUGAGGAUCCCACUGCCUCCUCUGAGAAGUGCACGAAUCGAGGGUGCCUUUGGGAGGACACAGAUGUUCCUGGUGUGCCCACCUGUUUCUAUGACACCAUCCCUAAGUAUGCUGCCAGUAGUAUUGAGUAUUUUCCCACUGGCAUCACCACAGACCUUACCCACCUGACGGUCCCUGAGUCAGCGCGAGCAGCAGCACCAUCACCAGGGAGUGCACGACCUCCACCUGCAGCAGCAGCCGCCACCUCUGACCCUCUCUCUGCAGCUAUCAGCCACCUUAGGCUCAGUGUGACCUACCACACAGAAAGCAUGCUGCAGUUCAAGAUCUAUGAUCCCACUAAUAAAAGGUACGAGGUCCCAGUGCCUCUGAACACCCCUUCCUCUCCUGUUGGCUCACCUGAAAACCGUCUGUAUGAUGUCAGGAUUCAAAGCAAUCCUUUUGGGAUCCAGAUUCAACGAAAAAGCUCCAACACUGUGAUUUGGGAUUCUCAGCUCCCAGGCUUCACCUUCAACGACAUGUUCCUUUCCAUUUCUACUCGCCUCCCCUCUGAGAACAUCUAUGGCUUCGGGGAAACUGAGCACACAACUUUCAGAAGAAACAUUAGCUGGAACACGUGGGGAAUAUUUGCUCGAGAUGAGCCACCAGGGAACAAGAAGAAUUCCUAUGGUGUCCACCCCUACUACAUGGGACUGGAGGAAGAUGGCAAUGCACAUGGAGUGCUUCUGCUAAACAGUAAUGCCAUGGAUGUGACAUUCCAGCCUACUCCUGCCCUAACAUACCGCACCACAGGAGGGAUUUUGGACUUUUAUGUAGUUUUGGGGCCAACUCCCGAGCUUGUAACUCAGCAAUACACUGAGUUGAUUGGUCGGCCAGCAAUGGUUUCAUACUGGGCCUUGGGAUUCCAUCUGAGUCGCUAUGGAUACCAGAAUGAUGCUGAAAUCUCCAAUUUGUAUGAUGAAAUGGUGGCAGCCCAGAUUCCCUAUGAUGUUCAACAUGUAGACAUUGAUUACAUGGACCGGAAGCUGGAUUUCACCCUCAGCACCAACUUUCAAGACCUUAGUCUGCUGAUGGAGCGAAUGAAGAAAAAUGGCAUGAGAUUUGUCCUCGUUCUGAAUCCAGCCAUUUCUGGCAAUGAGACUGAUUAUCUCCCAUUCAUAACAGGGCAGAAAAACAAUGUAUUCAUCAAAUGGCCUGACAGCAAUGACAUUGUCUGGGGAGAGCUGUACAAAUACCACAUGGCUUAUCCUGACUUCCUGCGUAACAGCACAGCUGCUUGGUGGAAGGAGAAAAUAAAAGAGCUCUACACAAACCCUCAAGAGCCAAUGAAGAGGUUGAAGUUUGAUGGACUGUGGAUUGACAAGAAUGAGCCAUCAAACUCUGUGGAUGGAUCUGUCAACGGUUGCAGGGAUGAAAUUCUUAAUAAGCCACUUUAUAUGCCAUAUUUGGAGUCCAGGGACAGGGGUCUCAGCAGCAAGACCCUGUGCAUGGAGAGUGAGCAGACCCUGCAUGAUGGCUCCCGGGUGCGGCACUACGACGUCCACAGUCUGUAUGGGUGGUCCCAGACCAGACCCACAUACGAAGCUGUGCAGGAGGUGACGGAUCAGCGAGGGGUCGUCAUUACCCGCUCCACAUUCCCCUCUUCUGGCCGCUGGGCAGGACACUGGCUGGGAGACAACAAGGCUGCCUGGGACCAGCUGAGGAAGUCUAUCAUUGGUAUGAUGGAGUUCAGUCUCUUUGGAAUACCUUAUACAGGAGCAAAUAUUUGUGGAUUCCUUGAAGAUGCUGAAUAUGAGAUGUGUCUUCGCUGGAUGCAACUGGGGGCAUUUUAUCCAUUUUCCAGAAACCACAACACCAUUGGGACAAGGAGACAAGAUCCUGUGGCCUGGGAUUCAACCUUCAAGACAUACUCAAGGAAAGUCCUCCAGACCAGAUACACCCUGCUGCCUUACCUCUAUACUCUGAUGCACAAAGCUCACGUUGAGGGCAGCACUGUUGUCCGCCCCCUCUUCCAUGAGUUUAGAGAGGACAGGACAACGUGGAAUAUAGACCAUCAGUUCAUGUUGGGCCCUGCCAUCUUAAUCAGCCCCGUGCUAACAAGUAACACUUUUGAAGUCCAUGCUUAUUUCCCCAGAGCCCGUUGGUAUGACUAUAGCACGGAAACUGGCAAUACAUCAACAGGUGAGUGGAGAACCUUGGAGGCUCCCCUUGACCACAUCAACCUUCAUAUCAGAGGAGGCUACAUCUUACCUUGGCAGGAGGCUGCAAUGAACACUUACUCCAGUCGACAACUAUUUAUGGGAUUGAUUGUUGCUUUGGAUGACAAUGGGAAAGCUGAAGGUCAGAUGUUCUGGGAUGAUGGACAAAGCAUUGAUACCUAUGAAAAUGGAAAAUAUUUUUUGGCAAACUUUACAGCAAGUCAGAACAUAUUACAAAUCCAGACCAUGCACAAUAAGUAUUUGAAUGGCUCAAAUGAACUGAAAGUUGGAUAUAUUAAAAUCUGGGGGAUCCUCUCUACUUAUGUGACACAAGUUAAUGUCACCUAUAACAACAAGCAAUUCACGACAACAAAUUUCAUGAGUGACCCCUACAAUCAGACACUAACUAUUCAAUUGACUUAUGGGAAUUUCAGUCUGGAAAAUUUAACUGAGGUCACUUGGAGUCAUAGUUCCGACAUUACUACUACACCUAUGACCAGUACCGUCUCAUCACCAUCUCCAGAUACUAUAUCAACUAUGAAUGCUACCAUUACUGAGUCUAUUGUUACUAGUUUUGCUUCAAGUACUACUUCUGCUAACCUUAGUACUGCCUUCCCUAAUAUAACCACUUCUUACCCAACAAGUACUAUUGAAGUUACACAUAGUACUAUUGUUCCUAAUACUCCUUUUACUACAAAUACUGCUACUGAUAGCACUGAUACUGCCUUUCCUACCACAACCACUAAUACAACUACUCCUUUCCCUAUAAAUGCUACUACUGAUAGCACUGAUACUCCCUUUCCUACCACAACCACUAAUACAACUACUCCUUUCCCUACAAAUGCUACUACUGAUAGUACUGGUACUGCCUUUCCUAACAUAACCACUAAUAUAACUAUUCCUUCCCCUACAAAUACUGCUACUGAUAGCACUGGUACUGCCUUUCCUAACACAACCACUAAUACAACUACUCCUUUCCCUACAAAUGCUACUACUGAUAGCACUGAUACUGCCUUUCCUACCACAACCACUAAUACAACUACUCCUUCCCCUACAAAUGCUACUACUGAUAGCACUGGUACUGCCUUUCCUAACACAACCACUAAUAUAACUAUUCCUUCCCCUACAAAUACUGCUACUGAUAGCACUGAUACUGCCUUUCCUAACACAACCACUAAUACAACUACUCCUUUCCCUAUAAAUGCUACUACUGAUAGCACUGAUACUGCCUUUCCUACCACAACCACUAAUACAACUACUCCUUCCCCUACAAAUGCUACUACUGCUAGCACUGGUACUCCCUUUCCUACCACAACUACUUCUUUCCCGACAAGUACUAUUGAAGUUACACCUAGUACUAUUGUUCCUAAUACUUCUUUCCCUACAAAUGCUACUACUGCUAGCACUGGUACUCCCUUUCCUACCACAACUACUUCUUUCCCGACAAGUACUAUUGAAGAUACACCUAGUACUAUUGUUCCUAAUACUUCUUUCCCUACAAAUGCUACUACUGCUAGCACUGGUACUGCCUUUCCUACCACAAUUACUUCUUACCGAACAAGUACUAUUGAAGAUACACCUAGUACUAUUGUUCCUAAUACUCCUUUUACUACAAAUACUGCUACUGAUAGCACUGAUACUGCCUUUCCUACCACAACCACUAAUACAACUACUCCUUUCCCUAUAAAUGCUACUACUGAUAGCACUGAUACUGCCUUUCCUACCACAACCACUAAUACAACUACUCCUUUCCCUACAAAUGCUACUACUGAUAGCACUGGUACUCCCUUUCCUACCACAACCACUAAUACAACUAUUUCUUUCCCUACAAAUGCUACUACUGCUAGCACUGGUACUCCCUUUCCUACCACAACCACUAAUACAACUACUCCUUCCCCUACAAAUGCUACUACUGCUAGCACUGGUACUCCCUUUCCUACCACAACUACUUCUUUCCCGACAAGUACUAUUGAAGAUACACCUAGUACUAUUGUUCCUAAUACUUCUUUCCCUACAAAUGCUACUACUGCUAGCACUGGUACUGCCUUUCCUACCACAAUUACUUCUUACCGAACAAGUACUAUUGAAGAUACACCUAGUACUAUUGUUCCUAAUACUCCUUUUACUACAAAUACUGCUACUGAUAGCACUGAUACUGCCUUUCCUACCACAACCACUAAUACAACUACUCCUUUCCCUAUAAAUGCUACUACUGAUAGCACUGAUACUCCCUUUCCUACCACAACCACUAAUACAACUACUCCUUUCCCUACAAAUGCUACUACUGAUAGCACUGGUACUGCCUUUCCUAACACAACCACUAAUAUAACUAUUCCUUCCCCUACAAAUACUGCUACUGAUAGCACUGAUACUGCCUUUCCUACCACAACCACUAAUACAACUACUCCUUUCCCUAUAAAUGCUACUACUGAUAGCACUGAUACUGCCUUUCCUACCACAACCACUAAUACAACUACUCCUUUCCCUACAAAUGCUACUACUGAUAGCACUGAUACUGCCUUUCCUACCACAACCACUAAUACAACUACUCCUUUCCCUACAAAUGCUACUACUGA